AGUGCCCUGAGUUAGGCCUUGAGGGGAGAGUCGCCCGCCCCGCCACCACCACCGCCAGUCCGCCAGUCCGCCCGGCCAGCCUCGCCCUGCCGCUUACGGAGUCGUGGGAUGUAGAGAAAGGGAAGAAGGCGGCGAGAGAAGAUGAAGUAAGGCGAGGCAAGGCAAGAGAUCGAGUGUGGGUGCCUUAAGGAAGACUCAAUGCCUCCAGUGUCGCUUGGCACCGCCGCCCAGCGCGAGGAUGACUGCGGGAGGUCGAGGGCUGCUCCCGCUGGUCCUCGUGUGUGCAGCAGCAGUUCUGACCGUGGGCGCGAGGGAGUCACGCGUCCACAGGCAUCGAUUCAGGACGAGUUGGUCGAGGCCUCACCAAACACACCGCCUCGCCGCCACCACCGCCGCCACCACAACUAGCAGAGACACCACGAACCCCCUCAUCAUCAGCAGUCACCAUCGGAAUACCCACCAUCGCCAACACCACCACCAUAACAACAAAUAUCACCGCUUCUUCACCAGCAGAAACCACCACCACUCUCACCAUCGCAACUCAACACUCGGUCACAGGACGUCCACCAGAUACAUCCUUCCAGGCACAAACCACAACCAAAGACGCCACAAUCGCAACCGUCUUACCAUCAGCAACCACCACUAUCACCACCAUGGGAAUAACACCACUCGGAAUAACCACAGCGGCGGACGCAACCACCAUCACCAGCACCAUCGCUACACUAACAACAAGCAUAACCAAGGAAGUCAUAGCAGAAAACACUACAACCGUCACCACCACUUCAGGAACCACAUGUCCAAAUUUCUUGCCAAUCAAGACUUCCCUAAACAAAGCAUCAAGCGGCACCUCGGAGGAAUGAAGCGGCAGUCCCACCACCACACGCCGUUUCUCCGACCCAUGAGGAUGCACACCUCCUUCCGUUCAGCACUCGUGGAUAGUCUCAGUUUUCACCGUCACCCGCAACUCUGGGACAUGAGUAGACUCCAGAACCACCACCAGAGGAUUAUGGAUCAUUUGAGUUCUCGUCUUCGCGACCGCGUGAUGAGGAUGAGGCCUCACAGUGUCCCUCACGUUGUCAGCAGCCACCACCACCACUUCUCCCACCAUCGCCCUUCUCACAGCUUCCAUAGUGGCCAACGGGUCCAUUGCCGCCAUGACCAGCCGCGCCACCACGGCAGCAGGGCGGAGGGUGGUGCUCGGACUGGUACCCAGUUCACAAAAGCGCCGGGAGGACAUGGAAGUGUGCCAGAGGAUGUGGAGGUCUUCCGAUGGCCCAUAAUUCCACAGUCGCCUCCACAACCCACCACGACUACAACCACUACCACCACCACUACUCCAAGGCCCAUCAUCAUCGAGGACAGCACUAAGGUGACAAACUCCAAUCCCUAUCCUCACCAGCCAGAUUACUCCCGUGGGCGGCCCAGCUAUAAGUCUCCCUCCUCGCCGACGCACCUGAACCCCGUCCACCCGAUCAUCAACGCCCUCUUCCCCAGCCAUACUCCCUCCACGCCGGCAUGGGAGGGGCGCGGGAAAGAUUCACGCCCAACUCCUGUUGAUCCCACCACCAUCCCGUGCAUCAAGUGUCCCCCAGACACUCGCGUGCAGGCUCCUCGUGGCAGGGAUUGUGUCUAUGCCCAGACGCCCAGUCCGCUCCCCUGUAACUCUCAAUGGAAUCCGAACGUGCAGACGAUCGUGACGGAGGGACCAGCGCCAGGUACGCGCCUGCAGGAAGGCCACUACGCCAUCUCGUUCACGGUGGUGGUGAUGGAGGGAGAGAGCCGUGGCGCCACGCCCAUCGCCACCUGUAGAGUUGGCUAUGACGUGGAGGUUCGUAAGUGUCCUGAGCUUCCCUGGCGUGCGGGGCUGGAGGCGCGGUGCUCUGCAGGGCGGGCGUGGGGUUCCCAAUGCACUUGGUACUGCGCUGGAAACCUCAAACUGAGAGGCGCCGCCUCUACCACAUGCAGCGGUCACCGCCACCCACGAUGGACACAUGAACCUCCAUCCUGCAUCGCGCCGCCCACGACUACACCACACCCUCCUCCAACCAGCAGAGGAUGUAAAGCUCCACCCGAUGUCCCCGGCGGACAGUACUCCUGCAAGGUUCUUGUCGGCAGUCCUGUCAACGUGCCGAUACCUAAGGAUGACCCUUCAAUCCCUAGAACCCCCAGGGAAACCAACCCUGCCCACCACGUUGAGGGAACGGUGUGUGAGCUGAACUGUGGGCACGGGUGGACCAUUGCAGUGUCUCAGCGUGGGCGGCGGCGGCUGACCUGCACGGCCGGCGGCCAUUGGGACCACCGCCCACCCUCUUGUCGCCUCCAGGUGUCGCCAGUGCUGCAGGAUGGAGACUGCAAGGACACCACACUCAAGCCGCCGCACUCCCCGCUCUCCUUCCUACCCCUGCCGAACUUCAGAACCUCGAGUGGCGUGGCGGCGCGCGUGACCUGCGUACUGGAGGCGAGGUCCGAGGGCAGCCACACCAGGACGUGCACGGCAGAGGACCCCGAGCUGGAGACUACCACGCAUUGCAAGUACCGCAUCACACUGCUUGAUGCCACUCCCAAUCCAGACGCAGUACUCUUGCCGGGCCUGUCGGGCAGCGUGGGGACAGCAGACAAUCCUGGAGGGAAGGGAGAGCAUCAGGCAGGCGGCGACAUCGAAUGGGAGGAGGAGAGGCAACACCCAAACAACGGACACAGUGACUCGACGGGGCAGAGGCACGACUUGUACCCUUAUAUAUCAAAAGAAGACAACGAUGAUGACUACUACGAUUACGACGACGAGGACGAGGACGAGGAUGAAUUUGAUUACUAUUAUGAUGGGAGCAACUUUGAUGACGGAGAUUUCAUUGAUGACUAUAGCAGUGAGUUCGAGACAGUACCUGAGCUCCAGCGGGUACAAGGUCAGACUCUGGGGACAGGGAGGAAGAGGGAAGGCAGCAGGAACACCGGUCACAGAAGGAGAGGGAAGAAACACAGAAUUAACUUGGCAGAGCGAAACUCUACAAAAAGACGCACCAAGACCCAUCAGAUGCAUCACCUUAGAAAAACAAAGAAAACUUCCCUAUCCACACCCUCCCCAUCUUCUUCCUUCUCAUUCUCCUCUCUGAAUCAGCCCUCGCCAUCGUCUUCCAAUCAUAGAUCCACCGUAGUCGCUGAGAACGUCACGACAGGUGGCAAAAAUUCAGGAUCUGCAAUGCUCAAAGGUGCAGGAGACGCCCAGCAAGCCAAUACUAAAGGUAGGCGCGCACAUCAUGUCACCAGUGGCCAGGAAAAUAGAGACAAAAUCCACCACACUCACCAACGCAAGCACUUGAGUGGCAAACAAACCUUACCCAAAAAUUUACACAAGUAUACAGUUAAAGAAAAUGAGAACGGCACACUCACGAAGAAGGUAGACUGGAGAAAAGGUGCUCAGCUGACUUCGCCUCCUCCCACGGAUGAGAGACGGUUAAGUGGUGCUCAGGGACAAGGAACACAGUCGAGACCUCCUUCAGAUAAAGAGGGCAUUCCUGCCACUAUGGAGGCCGUGGUGAGGAUGGAGGUGGCCGUAGGAAGCUGUAGUGUUGGCAGGGAGGUGGCGAGACUCCUGGGGAAGACUCUGAAGAAGCAGGAGCUGUGUGGUACGGGCCUCACUUGCCACAACCCUCGCCACACCUGCAAGGAGACACGUGACACACUGACGGAGGCAGGAAGGGCGCGGGUGGAAGUGCUCUGGGCGGUGGGAGGACUGUAUGAAUACGACGAAGCUAAUGGCAGUCGCUACCAUCCCGCCCCGCAGCAACUCCCACGCCACGUACCAGAAGUGGAGACCGCCAUAUCAGCAAUACUGGACACGCAAGUAGGGAGGGCGGUGUCUGCGUCUCGCAGGAAACACACACUCAUAGGACAGAGAGGCUGUCAGCACCCAUCGAAGUCGGAGGGAGGGUGUGGCACCAUCAGGCAGAGGGAGUUGGCAGGCAUCUUUUGCAAGGAGAUCAACUUUGUCGUUGGCCGUAAUGCCAACAUGGGAGGGAAUCCACACAAACUGUGGAGCUGGACAAGUAGGGCAGUCUGCGGCCAGUCCAGCCUCCGGUGGAUCAACAUCAGAGUACAUAGCGCACCCCGCACUGUCAUCUGGCUGCACGGAACCGUCAACAUAUACGUACACAUUCAUCAAGGGUUCCUUCCUUUCUGCAGGAGUCAACGCGCGGCAUCCUCACCUCCCAUGGCCUCGCCCAGUCCCUCGCUGCUCUGGGCUUCCUUCCUCGUGACGCAGUUUGAUCUCGUGUGUCGCCAGCCCGGUCUCACUCUGCGACCCGAGACCAACCGAUGCUGUUCUCGUAGGAGUUUCUUGCUAUUAAUGAUCCAGAGCACAUAUCGCGAACACAGUCCUGAAAGUCUCCGUAGCUUCCACAACAGUCUAUUUAAAAGAUCAGGAGCACCAAAGUGUGUAAGACGACAGAACCAACACAGUCAUGAUGAGGUGUACAUAACACAUCACACUCCUGGCCGCCUAUGUAUAUAUAUACCUUCCCUCAAGCUGAAGUCCUCUCAUCAGCUAAAGGCACGGCGCAUCACCACUGAGAGCGAGUGUCUGCCAGUCAUGGCGGCAGUACCUGGGAGCGUUAGGCUCCUGCUGGGUCUGUCUUUGACAUUGGCCCUUACUGCAGGCGCUGACCAUGAGGUGCAGCAGGUGCGCGGUCCGAACGUGGUGACUAGAGCGCUGGGCCCCUUGAUGGAAGUCAGCGGUUCAAAGCCAAGUCCUCCCCGAGAGCAACGUGAAGCAAGCUUUUCUGGGGGUCCCUGCUUCUCAUGCUCGGGCGGCCUGCACCACUCUGGUCACGAUGGCGGCUACAGCUCCCGUGAGGAGGUGCGGAGUGAACAGCGAUACGUCAACGGCAAACCUGUGUAUGAUGCCUACCACGAACGUCGCUUUGAAAAUGAUCGCAUUGUGCACGAUCGCAGAGUUGUGCAAGACGAAAAUGAUUUGGAAUCACGCCCACUCUCAUCUGGCACAUAUCGCUCACAAUCUUCCCUCACUCGUGACAGCAGCACAGGCAGGGGAAGGUACAGGCAUCCAUCCCCUGUUGGCAUCAACCGGGGCCACAGCAGGACAUAUAGCUCCAAUGUCCACGAGGAAAGUGAAGAGAGUGACACCUUUGAUAGGGACUUUGCUCGCAUGCAAGAAAAUCUGAGGCGGCAAAUGAUGACUUAUGGGUCACAUCAACCAAGCCUCGGCAGCUCCCAUCGCAGUGAAUACAGCUCACGCGUCCACUACGUCAAUGGAAAACCCGUUUUCGAGAAAAAAGAGGAACGUAAGUACAAGGAUGGCCAACUAGUACAUCAGGACACUCAAGAAAACAGAGCAGAUCACUUUGGUACAGAGGACUUGGUGAGGCGGUAUGACGCUAAUGGUGCUCUGAUCACGGAUGGUUCUUAUGGUGGGGAAAGCCACUACCGACAACAUGAAACAAGAGAGCAGACAAUCCCUAACCGCUCUCCCUCUUACACUUCUGAAUACUCUAUGACUGCUAGGGAGCGGCAACAGUCUGGGACAACCUACCCAGGCUACCGUGCUUCUACAGACAACUCCUAUCCCCAGACUCAUCCAUCGCAUCCUCAUAAUCGAAGACCGAUUCCAAGGCCGUACAACCCUACCUACAGCCGAGUUUCCUCCGACCAUCGCGACACGGAGUUCAGCACUUCUCCCUCCUAUCCCCGCUACCCUGCACGCACUCCCAGCUACAGCAGACCUGGUGAUUACGACAACUCUGGUGAAGACACACGAUCCUUUUACCCAUCUGGUCACUCCCACUAUCCCUCCCACAGAAGACCCUCGACACCCAACAGAGGAUAUUCACCCACACACCACCACCCAGACUCUAAUGAACCUACCACAUACCACCGUGGCCAGACCCGCCAUUCCGUCUCGGAAUCUCACCUCACACAGCAGCGCCCACGUUAUCCAACAGAUGACCGCGACCUGCAAGUGACACAAGUACAACAAGCCUCCAGAAUUCCUGAGGAUGCACAACCCAGCAAUCAGAAUACUGCUCAAUCCACUCUCAUAUGGUCAUCAGAGGACAGAAGUAAGCCGCCUUACACCAAUGGAGCACCACUCCUCGAUACCUAUGAACAGGAUCAUUAUGGGCAAAGAGAGUCUGACAGUGAUUUUUCCCAUCAGCAACCAAGCAUUAGGAUCAACACCCUGACACCAACGAAGAUAGUGAUGAACUUGAUGAAGAUCUGCAACAGCGAAGACAUUGACGACGACCGCUAUGACAUAAGCCCCUUGGAGGAGGAUGACUUGCCCCAAAUACCACCUGUUGACAAUGAAAUGGUGUUUCGUGGUCGACUUCCAGAAUCGGAGGAGGACAACAGAGAUGAUGACUUGCAUAGAAGCCAAGGCAACGUGGAUCUCGAUAACACACAUAUAGUCGGCCAAGGUUCUGUGUGGUCGUCCAACACAAAUGAAUACAGUAAUUCCAGGAAGAGUGUCGACAACUACAACUCCCAUUCCUACCAGCCUCGUCCAGGUCCCGUCUCUGGGGGAUCCACUCAUUAUCAGUACAAUGAGACCAGACGGCAAACGGUGGUUUCGGGAGACCACCAACCUUACCCCGAUGGCAGUGUAGUGGUAGAUGCUCCACACACUUCUUCACGUCGCUCCGAGAUCCGUACUGUGUACAGAUACGUGAACGGACGUCUAAUUGGCAUGACGAAGUAUGAGCGCAGGUAUGUAAACGGCGAACUGGUGUACGAUAAUACAACACAGCAUGGACGAGACGAGGUGGCCGAUCUCAAUCUGCAAGAGUAUGGUGAGGGCCAAGUGGACCUGCCUCAAGAGGCCAUCCGCCCAGGUAUUAUAUCACAACAGCAUGAAGUCAGAGAUGAGAAGGAGUAUGUGAACGGUCAGCAGACAUACGAUCUUCACCAUGAAACUCGCUAUGAGGAUGGAAGACUGGUAUACAAUAACCGCAUUGAGCUUGAUGAGGACGAUCUGCGAGAGAUGGGGCACACAGGUGAUACAGACCUCAGCAGAGAGGAGACCAUUCAGAACCACCACCACAGCAUGGAUGGAGAUGCUGGCAUUCCAUUCCUUCAGGUGCCAGACAUCAGUUCAGCGCCACACAGCCCAGGAUAUGAAAGUCGCCGCUUCGAGAGCCGACAAGAACAGGAAUUCAUUAAUGGCCAGCCAGUGUACAAAUCACACCACGAACGACGGUAUCACAAUGGAACACUAGUGUAUGAGAAUAGCACCACGCAGGACCAAGAUGACUUAGCAGGAACCCCACACCAUGACAUCCUUCCUAACAUUCUGGCCGGGAACACCCUCAUCACUGCUCCCCACAGACAUUCCGAUAGGCCCUAUGAGCCAUCCAAUGAUUCCCACGAAGAUGACAUUUACAAUGGGCAUUCCUAUGAAGAAGCGUUGCAUACCAGUGAUAUCCAUAGUCAAAACAGGCAAUAUGGUCCCUACAGACCCAACACAGGAACACAGCAGUCCAGAGAUAACUAUGAACAUACAAUGCACACCCAGGACAGGGACGGCUACUCUGACAAAACAGGCGCCCAUGGUACCCUUAUGACGUCAGAAAACAGAGAGAGAUACAGUUCCACUUCAGAGAGCAGAGUAGGCACUGACCUCCUCUCCUCCCACACUCCUGGCUCAGGCCGCGCUACCACCCAUGUGCUGGGAGGAGCAGGCACACUGCUAACAGGCUCGGGAUCCCUACGGAGCGGGUCCUCCCUGUACGGUUCAGCUUUAGACGACGAUUCCUUAGAGACUACUGGCAGCAGCAGUAUCAGCAGCAGCAGCAUCACCAGUUCCCACCAGCAUGUGGAGAGUAAUGGAAUGAGUGGGUCUGGCUGCCUGACUUGCCAACUCUUCUCGGGAUCGCAGCUCCAGAACGACACCUCUUUAGGACUGUCUGGAAGUCUGGGUGUGGGCGGAGGAGCUAACCGGCGACAUGAGAUGAGCAAUGAGGAGCAUUAUCGUGACGGUAAACUGGUAUACGGCCACGAAGAGAGCCGCAGGUUCCAAGACGGCCAGCUGGUGCACGAAGACACACGCGAAUACUCUGACCCGAAUACUGACGGUUCGUCUGGUUCUUCCUUGUCCUCGUCUUCCUCGUCGUCAAGGUCCACCGCCUCCUCUGUUUCUAACGUGAGUCCUUACUCGUCAUGGUCGUCCUGGUCUUCAUGGUCGUCAUGGUCUUCAGGUGGCUUACCAAUGCCGGCCACUGACGAUGUGUGUGCCUCUAAUCCUUGUCUCAAUGGAGGGACGUGUCUAGCUGGGGUGUAUGGCCCCAUCUGCACUUGUAGCUACGGGUUUAGAGGUGAUAAGUGCGAGGAGGCGGCGUGCUUGAGAGGCUACUGUCGGCACGGAGGUCAGUGCAAACUAGUAAGCGGGAAGCACCUGUGUCACUGUCCAAGCGAGUACACAGGGCCUCGGUGCGAACGGCAACCAUGGCGCACUCGACGACGCAUCGCCUCCGUCAGUCCGUGAGGCGUGGAGUGAAGCGAUGAGUACCAGUGAGGCGAGUUUCUUGUCCGUAUCUUAGAAAUGAAAUCUUCACAAUAGAGAGAAAUAGAAAAUGCGGUCCACUCAAAGGACAUCUCUUCAUUCCAAGACAAAAGUGUAUAAACAUAAAGUUUUCGAAAUGAGGCUUCGAGGACCGCCUUUCCGUUUCCAGACGCAGUGCAUUUCAUGAGGCCAAGGGAAAAGCAAGCCCUCAUGAAGCUGGCGUUUUUUUCUUAUUUUCUUUUUUUUUUCUUUUAUCCUACUUUAAUUUUAUUUGUCGUCAAUUCCGUCAUCUGAUGCAUUCAUUGGUGGAAGGAAGCCAUCACGUCAUCAGACGCUCUGCCAGUCUGUAAAAUUUUAUAACUUCACUAACACUAUUCCUUCCCGCCAAAAAUUGUAACAUUUUCUGUGACGUAAGACUGAUUUGUCUUCCUUUCUGAUCAAAAUGUUUAGUCUCAGAUGUGCAGUCUUUAUAAAGCUGUUAGAUACAGUAAACACGUAUAGUACAUUUGCA